CUGCUGUUGUGCAGUGCUGCAGUUGAAGCUCCAGCAGCGACGCACACGGGAGGAACUGGUGAGCCAAGGGAUCAUGCCGCCUCUGAAAAGUCCAGCUGCAUUUCAUGAACAAAGAAGGAGUUUGGAGCGGGCCAGGACAGAGGACUAUUUGAAACGGAAAAUCCGGUCCCGGCCAGAGAGAUCAGAGCUGGUUAGGAUGCACAUUCUGGAAGAGACCUCAGCUGAACCCUCCUUGCAGGCUAAGCAGCUGAAGCUCAAGAGAGCCAGGCUGGCUGAUGACCUCAAUGAGAAGAUAGCACAGAGGCCAGGUCCCAUGGAACUCGUGGAGAAGAACAUCUUGCCUGUGGAGUCAAGCUUGAAGGAAGCCAUUAUAGUUGGACAAGUGAACUACCCGAAGGUUGCAGACAACUCCUCUUUCGAUGAGGACAGCAGCGAUGCCCUCUCCCCAGAACAGCCAGCCAGCCAUGAGUCCCAGGGCUCUGUCCCGUCGCCAAUGGACUCCCGGAUUUGUGAGCCUCUCCCUAGCACCACUGGCACAUCACUAGCUCAGGGUACAUCCCAGUUGCAGAUUAGUGCAGACUCCAGCGAAACGCUUUUCCUGCCUGAACAGCCACCCCCACCUCUGCCACCUCCUCCUCUUUUGCCUCCUAAUCUCACCAAUGGAGCGGCUCUUCCUGCUGCCAAGCCCCCACCAACACUCAUUAAGCAAAGCCAGCCCAAGUCUGCUAGUGAGAAGUCCCAGCGCAGUAAAAAAGCCAAGGAAUUAAAGCCGAAAGUCAAGAAGCUGAAGUAUCAUCAGUAUAUUCCCCCGGACCAAAAGCAGGACAAAGGAGCUCCCCCCAUGGAUUCAUCCUAUGCCAAAAUACUGCAGCAGCAGCAGCUCUUUCUCCAGCUCCAGAUCCUCAACCAGCAGCAGCAGCAGCACUACAACUAUCAGACCAUCCUGCCAGCCCCACCAAAUGAAGGGGAACGGAUACAGUCAAAGGCGUUGGCGUGUCUCAGUGUCCUCCACUCAGCUGUGAUGCCUCUGCUUUGUGUUUCCGCGCAGGCCGGGCUGCUGCUGCAGAGCAGCAGUGCUGCAGCGGGCAAGCCGGGCCCUCUCCCUGCCAACCUCGAUGAGAUGAAGGUGGCGGAGCUGAAGCAAGAGUUGAAGCUGAGGGCCUUGCCUGUCUCGGGCACAAAGACAGACCUGAUUGAGCGUCUCCGAGCCUACCAAGAGCAGAACGGUGCAGCUGGCCCGGCAGCCCCCAAUCCCAAGCCCAGCACAGCAGCCAUUCUCCCCAAAGCCGCCGAGGUGGUGGUGGCCUUCCCAGCGGCUCGGCUGGGCAUCGUCACCACCGGCAUCGCCCCAGCAGAGGUAGUUGUGGCCACAGUCACGAGUGGUGGCGUGAUGAAGUUUGGCAGCACGGGCUCAACCCCCCCAGUUUCUCCCACUCCUUCUGAGCGCUCACAGAUCAGCACAGGGGACGAGAACUCGGCCACUGGAGACACCUUUGGGGAGAUGGUGACUUCGCCCCUGACCCAGCUCACGCUGCAGGCGUCUCCGGUGCAGUUCGUGGUGAAGGAGGAAAGCGCCAAGGCUGCUCCGUGCAGUGUCAGCGCAGCCCCCAGGUCGGAGCGAUGCAGCGCCAGCAGCAGCAGAGACGCCGACGGUCGGGACAAAGACCAGAUGCUGCAAGAGAAGGACAAGCAGAUCGAGGAACUCACGCGCAUGCUGAAGCAGAAGCAGCAGCUCGUGGAGAUGCUGAGGCUGCAGCUGGAGCCGGAGAAGCGCUCGCAGCAGGGGGCCCCGGCUGCUGCGGCAGAAGGAGCAGCCCUGCCCUCCAAGCCGGCAGCGUUCGGGGUCCAGGUCAAGAGCGAAAACGGUUUCUUAAGUUGCCAGUCUGCAAAGCAAUCCAGUGGCCAAACAGACCAAUUCAGCCCUGCACCCACCGCUAGCCAAACGGACGCUUCGGACGCAAGCGCAGUGCCAAAGAAAGCCGUGCUGGUGAAGCAGGAGGUGCCAGCUGCGGAAGAGGAGCCGCCGCGCCAGCCCCACAGCCCGCGGCUCUUCCUCGGCCAGCAAGGGAGCAGCGCCCUGAGCGACCUCAUCAAGGGCAUCCCUCCGCCCACCCUCAUCACCGACUCCACAGGGACCCACAUCGUCCUCGCCGUGACCAAGCAGGGCGGCGAGAGGCAGGGCCUCUCGCCCUGCGGGAUGGCGGGCAGCAGCUGGCCAGCCUUGCAGAGAGUACAAUCAUCGCCCUCCAAACCCUGCAGCCAAGCGCCGUGCCAGCCGCCCGCAGGCAGCCCGCAGCCGCCCGCGCAGCCGCAGCAGCCCAGAGGACUGCACCAAUCUGCCCGAAAGCCCUCGUCACAGCCCGGCUCUCCUGCUGCCCCUUCCCCAUCCCAGAUGGACCUGGAGCAACAACAGCACCCAUCGCUUUUUGGAACUCCUCCACCUCCUCUCCCCGUUCCCUUGGUCCCAAAGAAAGAGCCGCCAGGCUAUGAAGAGGCAAUGAAGCAAGAGCCAAAAACCGAGGAGAACGGCUGUUCCAGCCAGCAGAUGGACGACCUGUUUGACAUUCUCAUCGAAAGUGGGGAGAUUUCUGCUGACUUCAAGGAUCAGUCAUCCCCAGCUGGGAAAGAAGCCCCCGCGGCGCCAGCCGCCCCCUCGCCGCCCAGCAGCCACCAUUCCGCGGAGCUGGCGGCCCCCGGCGCCCUGGCGCAGACGGUGCUCGUGGGCCGCCUGGAGGACUUCCUGGAGAGCAGCACCGGCCUCCCGCUCUUGACCGCAGGCCACGACGGGCCGGAGCCCCUGUCGCUGAUCGACGAUCUCCACAGCGAGAUGCUGAGCAGCUCAGCCAUCCUGGACCACCCGCCUUCACCCAUGGACACCUCGGAAUUGCACUUUGCUCACGAGCCGGCCGGGGGCAUAGCCCUGGAUCUGGCUGAGGCUAACUUGGACAGCAUGCACUGGCUGGAGCUGCCAGGGGGGCCUGUCAUGAGCCUGGCUCCCCUCAGCACUGCCGCUCCCAGCCUCUUUUCCACAGACUUCCUUGAUGGACAUGAUCUGCAGCUGCACUGGGAUUCUUGCUUGUAACUCUGUGAGCAGAGACUGAAGGGAAUGGGUUUGGGAGGGCAUGGGCAUGCGGCAGGGCCAGGGGGAGAGGCCAGUCAACCAAAAAAAA